UCCCUUCUUCAUAUGUUGGGUGUUUUGUUCUGUGCUCUUUUUAGGAGUGCUCCCAUCUAGAGCAGUCCCUGUAGGAUGCCCUGUAGAGGUGGUUUGUGGGAGGCAAAUUCCCUCAACUUUUGCUUGUCUGGGAAUUGUUUAAUCCCUCCUUCAUAUUUAAAUAUCUGAAUGGUAAUAGUGUUGGAUACAGUAAUCUUGGUUCAAGGCCCUUCUGUUUCAUUGUAUUAAGUAUAUUAUGCCAUUCUCUUCUGGCCUGUAAGGUUUCUGUUGAGAAGUCUGAUGAUAGGCUGAUGGGUUUUCCUUUGAAGGUGACCUUUUUUCUCUCUCUGGCUGCCUUUAAUACUUUGUCCUUGUCUUUGAUCUUUGCCAUUUUAAUUAUUAUGUGUCUUGGUGUUGCCCUCCUUGGAUCCCUUGUCUUGGGAGUUCUGUGUACCUCUGUGGUCCGAGAGGCCAUUUUCUCCCCUAGUUUGGGGAAGUUUCCAGCAAUUAUUUCUUCAAAGACACUUUCUAUCCCUUUUUCUCUCUCUUCUUCCGGUACCCCUAUAAUGCGGAUAUUGUUCCGUUUUGAUUGGUCACUCAGUUCCCUUGAAAUUCUUUCAUUCCUGGAGAUCCUUUUAUCUCUCUCUGCAUCAGCUUCUCUGCGUUCCUGUUCUCUGUUUUCUAGUCCAUUAAUGGUCUCUUGCAUCUCGUCCAUUCUGUUUUGAAGUCCUUCCAGAGGUUUUUAUUUCUGUAUUCUCCUUCCUUAGUUCUUGCAUAUUUCUCUGCAAGUCCAUCAGCAUGGUUAUGACUUUUGUUUUGAAUUCUUUUUUCAGAAAGACUGGUUAAAUCUAUCUCCCCGGGUUCCUUUUCAGGGGACUAUGUAGCAGAUGUUGAAGCUGUCUGGGUUAGUCUUGUCUGGAUCAAAUUUUUUUUUGCCUUUUCAUGUUGACAGGUGCAGUGGUGAGCUAUUGGCUUUCUGUCAGCUGGGAGAGCUAAGGCUUUCCACUUGCUCCUGGCCUCUUUACUGGGACAACUGCGACCCCUAGUGGCUUGUGUUGGGCAAUUGCAUGUAGACUGGGUCUCUGUAUCUUGCCCAGCCCGUAUGGCAUGGAGGAAGCUCCCUUGCUGUGGGUGUUGCCAGCCUCAGGCCGCAGCUCUGCUAUGGUGGGGCCCCGGAGGGGUAAUGGACGGGGGGCUGUUUGGCUGUUUACCUCUGUGAGGGGUCUCAGAGCUGUUGUCCAGGGGGUUAGUGCGCCCAGAGUUCCCUGGAAUUUCCAGCAGCUGGACUGUGACCCAGUAUGUUUUCGUCCAGCUGUGGCAUCUCUGUCCCUUUAAGACUUUCAAAAAGCACUCGCUUUUCUUUGUCACAGGGGCGCCGGCUUCAGGAUCCGCUCACGGGUCUUGCUGUCCUGUUUCCCUAGUUUCCAGCACUCCCCGCAUGCACUGUUUCUGCGCUCUGGUGCGGAUGGCUAAGGCUGGGUGUUUAGCAGUCCUGGGCUCCCUCUCCCUCCCCGUUCUGACUCCUCCCGCCGGGAGCUGGGGUGAGGGGCACUCGGGUCCCGCCGGUCUGGGGAUUGUGUCUUAUCCCUUUCACCAGGCGCUGGGUUCUCGCAGGUGUGGAUGUAGUCUGGCUGUUGUCCUGUGUCUUCUGGUCUCUCUUUUAGGAUUAGUUGUAUUUGUUGUAUUUUCAAAAAUACAUAUGUUUUUGGGAGGAGAUUCCCACUGUCCUACCCACGCCGCCAUCUUUGCUCCGCCCUCCGUUUAAAUACUUUUAAUUUCCAUUUCCCCUUGGAGCCUCUCCUCCCUGGUGUGGAAAUGCUGCACUGAGCGUGGGCUGUGUCUAAACUCCUGGGUGUUGGAGAUACUAUCUCCCUUAUUUCAAAAUCAGAGCAUCCUACUUUGUAGAAGCUUUGCAUUCUCCACAGUCCUCCUCCUGUCUCUGCAUUUUCUCAUUGAUGACAAGGUCUCUGUUGGCAGCCGCACCCAGAGGGUGGCGCUCAACGUGGGGCAACUGGAAAGUCCCAUACUUGCCAGUUGCAAAAUACCCUACGUCACAAAACCACAUGCUAAUCACUCCUUAGCAUAAGAACCAAUCAGAUCUACUAAAAAUUGCCAUGCUAAUGAAGCACGUAUAGCAGCACCAAUCAGCACAGAGCAUGAGAGCUAUAUAAGCUGGCCCCUUCGUUUAGUCUGGGUCCUGCCCGACACAUUUGUUUCACAAAGAGCUGAAGAUUAAAGCUUUCUGCAGAAGAAUCCUGCUGUUGUUGCGUGCUGUUCUUGCCGGCGAGGACGGGGCGCGCGACAAGUGGUGCCGAAACCCGGGGACCAGAACAUCACCGGCACAGGGAGGACCCUUCAGACAUCUGGAGAGGAUUCAGAACUGCAGGAUUGAAGAAAACCCGUAGUGGUAAGUUCCGAGAGAUGCGCUUUUAAGGGUAGGGGCUGAUGGUUCUCGGUAGAUAAAGAGACACUAUGGGAAACGCGCCGUCAUUAGUCACAGCGCUGCAGACAGCGCUCAAAGAGCGAAAUUUGAAGGUCUCCAGCAAAGUCUUAGGAUCUUUUGUGAAGGAGGUAGACCGCGUUGCUCCCUGGUUUAUCUGUUCAGGGUCCCUCUCCAUCCCGAGUUGGGACAAGUUAGGGAAAGAUCUUGAUAGAGAAGAAGAAGAGGGACACUUGAGAGGAGGCACUAGACCACUAUGGAAGCUGAUUAGAGCUUGCCUGCAAGAUGAAAAAUGUGAAAAGGUGAUAAAGGCAGGACAGAGAGCUUUGACAGAGAUCCAAGAAAGCAUGUCAGAAACGGAACGGGAGACAGAGCUAGCUCGCGGCCGAAAGAGGACCGCUAAAAUGAAAGUUAAAAAACCCCAGAGUGAGGGGGAAAGUCCACCCAGGGCAAAAGUGAAAGAGCCCCGAGGAGCAGGUGACGACCACCUCGGAGAAAGUAGCAAGUACCCAUGGGAAGAGUUGAGAGAGCUUCAACUCUCCGACAGGGAGCCAGAGGAGGAGCUCAUAUCCUCGGAAGAGGGGGGAGAGACCAGGACCGUGAAAUGCGGAAGUGAGAGAACUAGCAAGGCUGAAAGGCAGACCAAAGAGAAAAUGAAAGGGUGCUCUCCGUCGCCCACUGCUCCGCCACCUUAUGUGAGCGGUACACAUACUUUCUGUCACCCAGAUACCAUACAAGCAAUUAAGCAAAUGUUCCCUGUGUUUGAGGACAACGGGGUACGCUCCCACCAGCCCCUGAGCCAUAAACAAGUUAAAGAUUUAGCAGAAUCCGUUCGGGCUUACGGAGUCAGUGCUAACUACACCUUAGCACAGAUUGAAAGGUUGACAGAGACAGCUAUGACACCUACAGAUUGGCAGUAUGUGACUAAAGCAUGCCUUACUAGCAUGGGACAAUAUAUAGAGUGGAAAGCGUUGUGGCAUGAUAUCAGCAUGACCCAGGCACGUGCAAACGCUGCCGAAGGGCAACCCGUGUGGUCGUAUGAUAUGUUGACAGGCCAGGGACAGUGGGUGGCCAACCAGACCGCCUUCCCCACACAGGUGUACGCACAAAUAAACGCGUGCGCUGCUAAGGCAUGGAAAGCCCUCACUAACAAAGGGGAAGUGUCAGGCAAUUUGACAAAGAUUAUCCAAGGGCCGAGCGAGCCAUUUUCAGAUUUCGUCGCUCGCAUGAUGGAGGCCGUGGGUAGAGUAUUUGGGGACCAAGAGCAAGCUAUGCCCCUGGUGGAGCAAUUAGUAUUCGAGCAGUGUACCAAAGAAUGCAGGCAAGCGAUAACACCCUGGAAACAGAAGGGGAUGCAUGCUUGGCUAAAAGCCUGCAGAGAAAUAGGGGGACCACUCACCAAUGCGGGCCUAGCCGCGGCUAUAUUACAAAGCCACAAACAAGCCAGAAUUACCAAUAAAAAUAUUAAAUGUUUUCACUAAUCUGUCACGAAGCCUGUCCCAGUAUCUUUCAGGAAACUGGUCCCAAGACUUUGAUGGAGCAUUGGAAGAGCUACGGCGAGAAAUAAUCCACAUCAACUCCACCCGGCUAGAUAUCUCCGUAGCAGAAGGACUCUCUUCCUGGUUCCACAGAGCUCUCUCCCACGUUAAAGAGUGGGCGGUCAUGGCUGGGAUGAGUGUAUUCAUGCUUGGAGGUCUCAUGCUCCUACUCUGGUUGUUUGUUAUGCAGGCUCCGUGCCCGACAUAGGCAAGAUAAAGUAAUCCUUGCUCAAGCCUUAAUGGCGGUAGAUAUUGGCGCCUCUCCCCAAGUAUGGCUCAACAUGCUCAAUAAAGAAGCUCAGCUUUAGCUUGAGGUAGCCCUUGCACCCUGAGCCCUUGUGGCAUUGCACCAGGCCCGGGUACCUUAUCGCUUACCUGCAGCUUUCCCUAAGAAACUCGCGGUGCAAGAGGGUCAAAGAAAAGGUCCAAGACCCUUUGUACCAGGCGGUCCCAACGUCUGCUAGAGGAUGCGAGGCAAAGCACUGCAAGAGGUUUUGGACCCCUCUGAGAGACACGCCUGACUGCAUAGGGGUAGAUGCCCAGAGACCCCUCUCCAAAAAGGGGGCAUCAAGAAAUGUUUGCUGGAGGUCAGGCCUCUAUCCCACCUCAGCUGACAAGUUCCGUCCUGAGCUUCUAUUAAACAAAAAAGGGGGAGAUGUUGGCAGCCGCACCCAGAGGGUGGCGCUCAACGUGGGGCAACUGGAAAGUCCCAUACUUCCCAGUUGCAAAAUACCCUACGUCACAAAACCACAUGCUAAUCACUCCUUAGCAUAAGAACCAAUCAGAUCUACUAAAAAUUGCCAUGCUAAUGAAGCACGUAUAGCAGCACCAAUCAGCACAGAGCAUGAGAGCUAUAUAAGCUGGCCCCUUCGUUUAGUCUGGGUCCUGCCCGACACAUUUGUUUCACAAAGAGCUGAAGAUUAAAGCUUUCUGCAGAAGAAUCCUGCUGUUGUUGCGUGCUGUUCUUGCCGGCGAG